CUAAAAAAAAAAAAAAAUCCAGUUUCCUCACUGUGGCCUUGUUUGAUGGGUCUACUGCCUACCUUUUCAACCCUGUCCUAAGCCACACAUUCUCCAUGCUUCAGCCAUACAGGCUUCUUUCAGUUCUUGGAAUGCACCAAACUCUUUCUCUGUUCAUAGUCUUUGCAAAAAUUAUUCUCUAUGCAAAGAACUUUUCCUCCUCCUCUCUCCCUGGCUAAUUCCUACCAUUCUUCAAAAUUGUAUUUUUCCUUCAACAAAACCAUUUCUAAUCACUCAAUCUAAGUCUAAAGUAGACCUGUGCUCUUUCUCUCUCUGUUCUUUCCUUCAAAGCAAUUAUCGUGAUUUAACGUUGUGUGUUCAUUCAUGUAUUCGCUACGUACAAAGUGAAUGUAUUCGCUUCAUAAGGGCAGUCACAGGUCUGUUAUGUUCAUCGCCGUGUCUUUUGCCUCUGCUGCCUAGUUCAAUAAAGGGUGUGAGCAAAUACUUGUUGAAUAAUUGAAUGAGUGUACAGCACAUGAAAAAGCAUAUAGCCUGAACAGCUGUAUAGCAACAGAAUAGAGUGAAACCGAUAGGGGGGACAAUGAGGAGACAGGCUGAAUGGGAGCAAAGGGCCUAUGUUAGCUAAACUCCUAAAGACUUUUCUUCUAGCAAGAGAGUUGUAAGUCACAAAUUUAUACUUGAGUAUCUUCCCAGUUAUGACGUGGAUAUUUUAAAGCUUUAUUUUCACUUAUAACCAUGUUUAUUUUUAUGUUAGUAAAUGCUUUCCAAAUUAUGUUUAAUGAUUUCUGAGUAUUAUUAUCCUUGUUUUCUUACCUUUUUAAUUUGAUAAAUUAUAUUAAAUGAACUAUAAUUAUGUCUCAUCCUAGUAUUAAUCAUAACAACUCAUUUGUUAAGUGCUAGCUAUGUGUCAGGCACUUUAUUUGCAUCGUCUCAUUUAAUCUUUACAACAACCAUACGAGGCAAGUAGUGGUCUUCCAUUUUAUAGGUGAGAACACUGAAGCUCAGAGAAGUUAAUGAUCCCAAGGUCAUAUAGCCAGUGUAUGCUAGAGCUGGAAUUCAAACUAGGUGUGUCUGCUACUUUCUACUAACACAGUGGUGUCUUUAUGGUGAGUUAUUUUAGUACACAUAAAAAAAUAUGAAAUGUGUUUGGUAUGGAUGUAGCAUUUCUAUUUUCUCUAUUCAGUAAUUAGGAAAUACUUAGCUCAAAAUUUUAAAACUGAGAAAGUUUUUUGAACAACUCAGAGAGGAUAUCUUCUUCAACUAUUUUUCUAAAUAAAGCAUUAAAAAAUGAUGAAAUGCUUUUUGACAUACAGAAGGGCAUGCAGACUAGCGUAUUAACAUCUGUGUUCUUACCACCUAUCUUGAACUAAAGUCUUCCUGGUACAGUUGAAAAUCCCCUGUGCAUCCCUCCCAAUCUCAUCUUCCUCCCUCUCCUUAGCAGUAACCACUGCCCUGACUUGGGCAUUUAUCAUAGCCCUGCAGCUUGUGUAUCUUGGCAGUCAUCUAGUGGCUGAGUGCUGAAUGUGUGUGUGGUACAGUGGUGGUUCAUGUUAUUAUUUUUCUGAAGAAACUUACCCUAUUUUUUAACUUUUUUUUCCAAUUCUUUUCCAAAUUGGCCCUUGUUUGUACCAGGACUGAGUCAUGCCACCUUGUGCCCUCCCCACCAUAUCUUAUGUGAGGGUGAGGAAUAAAAAUGUACCCAGCCUCAGAGCCUACAGCUAUGGGACAAAGGAUCAGUUCAGCAGUUGACUUUUUUUUCCAUUAUCAUCUGAAGUCAAAUUGCCCUGAAGAGCCUUACCAUAAAUCACCUUGAGGAUCUCAUGACGGAAACUGCAUUAGGCCCAAAAUCUGUUCAAGUUUCGGGUGGAUGAGCACAUUUUAUGUUUCUAACUUUUUCCCAGGUUUAGUGUAGAAUUCUUCACCAUGAUCUCUGUGUAAGCUCCUUGUCUUGUGAAAGAUUUUCAUCAGGGUUAGAGUAUAGUUUGGACUUGGUUACAUGAGAGGUCCUUCUUUGCCCAAAUCUAAGGGAAAAAAGACAUCCUCAAGUUGGCAAAUAAUUGAAGUAAUCUCCAAAAAGAGAGAAAGACAAAAACAAAAACAAGAUAAAGUCAAUAAAUUGCUAAUUAAGAUGCAGCUCCAAGCAUGAAGAGUUGUAGAUUCAGUAUAAUUGGUUAUGUGAAAAAAAUAGAGACUGAGACUUUUAGGAAAGAUAGAAAAGAGGAAAAUAGAUAAUAAAAUGAGUGAGAUGCAAGAAUUGUGAUUGUGAUGCAGAUUGGGAAUGGGGCUAACUAUGGAAAAGAAGCUAGUCUUGGGAUUAAAUGCCUGAGACACAAAAAUGGUUUAGAAAGAGAAUGGUGAAUGACUAGAAAAUAUCAAUAACUGGCUCUUAGUAUCUGGGACAUAAUGAGUACCCAUGAAUUAAUUGAUGAGUCACUGAUACAAUAUCAUCAGUUUAUGAAAGUUUUCCAAUAAAAGCAUAUAUUUGUGUACAUGAUAGUUUUUCAUAUAUGAGGAUACAUUUUAACUUGAGUGCCAUUUAUUAAGUAAUUUCUUUUUAAAGGGAAUACAGAUGGUUAUAUUUUUGUCAUCUUAAAAGUAGUGCUUUCCAUUCCACAAGAAGAGUGAUGUGGAAAAAAAAUAUAUAUAAAAGUCUUUUCUGCUCAUGUUCAAUGACCGAAGGUUGUGCACAAAUCCUUCUUUUCUUUUAUAGAACGAAUUUUGUUGAAUUUUCCAUAAAAAGUGCAACUACUAAACAUUCUUGUGAUAGCUUCUUUGUGAAAGUGUCACUGUUCUUGCUUUGCACACGCCUUAUAAUUUAGGCCUUCUUUUGUUUUGGGUUGGCAGUUCCAACUGUUCAAGCUCUUGUCUGAUUAUGUGGGACUCCUUAUUUUAAUGAGAGCAGCUUCUUUGCUGCAUUUUUUAAAAAUGGUCUCGGAAGCUUCUUACUGUGGAUCUUUGUUGGGGACAAAGGAUUAUUUAUGCUAAAGGAAAAUGUAUUCCCCACUGAAUUAGCUCGUGGGAAGCACAACAAGCUCGUUAGUAAUGCGCAAUUGUACUUUGGCCUUUUGCUAUGGUAGAGAGAAGGAAAAAUGAUAUCAAAAAGGACAUUCUGCUAUCCUUUGCCUUCCUGCAAAGAAAAUAUGGUGCGAUAUUAGACUUUUCAGUUAGGUUUAGCUCAAGUUCACCUUUGGUCCCAGAAGAAAUGUUCCUGUAAGGAAGGUGGUAUGUGUAGCGGGCACCGUGCAUGAGAAAAGCGAUUUCAUUUCUAUAUAGAUGACCAUGCAGCCUGCAAUUCAAGUGUGGUUUGGAGAAGACUUACCUCUAAGUCCACGGAGUCCUCUGACCCCCAGGCAUGGGCCAGGUUUGGCUGAUGUUUGUCAGUAUGAUGAGUGGAUAGCUGUGAGGCAUGAAGCUACCCUGUUGCCCAUGCAAGAAGAUCUGUCAAUCUGGUUAUCAGGUUUAUUAGGUAUUGAAGUUAAGGCAGAAAGAUUAUUGGAAGAACUUGAUAAUGGAGUACUAUUAUGCCAGCUGAUUAAUGUUCUUCAAAACAUGGUGAAAACAUGCAACUCUGAAGAACCAGUGAAUUUUCCAAUGAGAAAAGUGCCCUGUAAGAAAGAUGCUGCCUCAGGUUCAUUCUUUGCUAGAGAUAAUACUGCAAACUUCCUUCACUGGUGUAGACACAUUGGGGUUGAUGAAACUUACCUCUUUGAAUCUGAAGGUUUAGUUUUACAUAAAGAUCCAAGACAGGUGUAUCUUUGUCUUCUUGAAAUUGGUCGAAUUGUGUCAAGAUAUGGGGUUGAACCACCAGUAUUAGUGAAACUUGAGAAAGAAAUUGAGCUAGAAGAGACCUUACUCAAUACUUCUGGGCCUGAAGAGUCCAUCAGCAUUCCAAAAUCAUGCUGUCAGCAUGAAGAGCUGCAUGAAGCUGUUAAACAUAUUGCUGAAGACCCUCCUUGUAGUUGUUCUCAUCGAUUUUCUAUUGAGUACUUAUCUGAAGGACGGUACCGACUAGGAGAUAAAAUACUCUUUAUAAGAAUGCUUCAUGGAAAACAUGUCAUGGUCCGUGUUGGUGGAGGCUGGGAUACCCUUCAAGGAUUUUUGCUUAAAUAUGAUCCCUGUCGAAUAUUACAGUUUGCUACACUAGAACAAAAAAUUCUAGCAUUUCAAAAAGGAAUUUCUAAUGAAAGUGUACCUGAUUCGUCUGCCAGAACACUUCAGCCUCCUGAAAUGAAUCCUUUGUCAGCAGUUAGCAUGAUUCAGAAACAAAAAUCAAAACCUGGCCCACCAAUUGGUGUUCCAAGGAGCAAAGAAAAGCAGGUACGUCCACCAGGUGGGUUACUGCCAGCAUCUUCCCUGAAAGGAAGUAAUCUGGGCUCUGUGUCAGUCCGUUCUAAAUUGCCAAAUUCCCCAGCAGCGUCUUCUCAUCUCAAACUCAAGUCUUCAAAAGGCAUAACAAAGAAACCAGAGGCUCCUUCAAACAGUGUAUCAUCUUCACUUGCUUCUUUAAAUCCAGUAGAUAAAAGCGCUGCUCCACCAGCUUUAUCAAGAACUGCACCUUGUGUUUCUGAGUCAUCGAGAAAAUGUAUCUCAUCAUUGAAUACUCCUAAGGUCAAGUUUAUUCCAGCCCAGAAGUCAAGAGAUGUGCCUAAGUCUACACUUUUGCCAAAUAAGUCUUCUGGAAAAACAGAACCAAAGCAUUUGAAGCACAAUCAUGCAUCUUCCAGGGAUAAUGCAGUAUCUCACUCAGCUGCACAUUUAAAUUUAUCAUCAAAGUGUCCGAAGCUGCCUAAAGCAAAUAUACACAUAAGGCCUAAACCUUCUCCUUCUUCCCAGUCCCCUGCAAAAAUGACAAAAUCCAGUUCUAAAACCAUAACCACAGGUCUAGGAACGCGGUCUCAGCCAUCUGAUGGAACCUCACAAGCAGGGGCAACGCCAGCACAGAAACUUAAGUCAGCCUUGAAUUUAAACCAGCCACUUUCUGUAUCCUCAGUUGCUCUUGCAAAAGCUGCACAUGAAUCAAAAGAUAAAAAUAUGGUUUCAGUUGCUAAAAAGCAGCCUCAGAAUAAAAGUACAUCCCAGAAGACAGGACCCAGCUCCUCAAAGUCCCCUGGCCGUACCCCACUGUCCAUCGUGAGUCUUCCUCAGUCUUCUGCCAAAACACAAACUGUACCAAAGUCAGCACAGACUGCCACUAAGAGCCAGUGUUCAGCUACAGGGCCUCCAAAAAGUGGCAAAGCCCCAGCUUCAACCAGGAAACCACCCUCAUCUAGUAAGGAAGCAGUUAGUGGAGAUAAAAAACCUACUGCAAAGAAAAAGGAAGACGAUGACCAUUAUUUUGUUAUGACUGGAAGUAAGAAACCUAGAAAAUAAACACAAAUGGGUCAUUUUAAGAAAACAGAGGAGAAAAGAAGAGAGUAAAGCUGUUAGCUUCACAUCUUAAAAGUUUCUCCUAUUUGCGUUUGUCCAAAUAGGUUCAGACAUUAAGUAUAAUAAGAUGUGGGUAGAGGUUGGGGUGAGGAAAGGCUUCAUCAGAAUUCAUAUGUCUGAAUUCACCAGAAGGUACCCUUUUGAGGCAGACAGUUGUAAAAUCACCACAAGUUCUUAUUAAUAAUAGACAUUUAUAUGAUUUUCAAUCCAUAGUAUCUUUGUUAUUGUCUGCCCUUUAAGGGAAAUGUAGGGUCAAAUAACACUGCUAGAGUUAUAACUGGUUGCUAUAUUUUUGAAUAUGUAUUAAAUGUGCAGGUUAUAUACCUGCUAAUAGCAACAGUGGUGCUCUUAAUAUUAGUUAUUGCAUUGUAGUAAAAAAGCAACGGUUUGGCACUUCUCUUACAAAAGGCACUUAAUUUAAUUUCCUGAUCGGGAUUGCCUGAUUAAACAAUACUGUAAACACUAAUGACUGGCGCGGAUUAGCUUGGCAUUACUGCAGGUUUCGUAGGAUGCGUGCUAAAUUUUUUUAAGCUUUCUAAAUAGGAAGAAACUGAUUUUUUAACUGGCUUAUAUUAACAUUGGUAAUAUUUUGUUACCUAUAUUUUUGGUAAAACAAAUUAAGGUAUUGAAAUAUAAACUGAAAUUUCGGAAAAAUACAAGGCUUUUUAUAUGUUAUUUAUAAGAACUUAUACCUUAUAUUUUAAAUGGAUGUUGUGCAAUGUGAAAGGGGAAACUGAUUUAGUAGUGUUUAGCAUAUUCAAAAUAUAUUUCAAUAUUGUAAUUUCCAAGUGCAGAUAUGAAUUUUUACAUUAAAAUAUGUUUUUACAUCAGAACUGUGUUUUAACAAUCUUAAGAUUAUAUUAAAGAAUCUUAGAGUGGUGCUAUAUAAAA